AUGGCUGAUGAUAUUCUCGUUCCCUUGGCUAAUGAUUUAGUCAACCUCAUCAAUAUCUUUUCCAAAGCAGCCACAGUACUACCAUCAUCGAAACAAACCUUUGAGCUCUCCCAACUGCACGACAUCCGGAAAUUGAUUCAUCACAGUUUAGAGGAUCUCAAUCACAAGCAGUCGCUGAGCUCUGACGCCGAAAAUCAACACAGUGUCGGCUCCGUUCAGAGUGAAGAAGCACCAAAACAACUUUCCGAAGCAGCCAAAGUCUGCUUAGAAAAUAUUGCAGCCGAGGGACACAUAUUGAGAGACGUUCUCAUUGAUCCAGUCCAAGGGAUGAAUGCUUUAAUCGCCUUGUACAUUGUGAACUCAUUCGACGAACCGCUUCUACAACUUCUGACACCUCAUCAAUGUGCUCAACUUCUCGAGGCCAUCUCCCUAGCAGAUGUGGUAUCUGAACUCGACAAGCAGCUUCAAGUUUUGAAAGCGACUGCAGAAGAGCAUGAGCAAGAGCACGAUCCACACCUGGAACUGGUCAAGGAUAUCAAAACAAACCUUCUGAAUGCCCUCGAACGGAUACGGAAAAUCGCUGCAAGCCAGUCGGAAAUUCAAACACGGAGCCAGGAACUGCUACCUGGUAAACGCCUGGAUUGUGAUGAUCUGUUGGCACUCGACACAUGUAUCCAGAACAUGUACACUGGUCUCCAGACUCAAGAUGAUGCGACACAACACUUGGUCGAAGAACAAGAAAGAGCUGUGAUAGCAUUGAAGCUUUUCUUGGAAGACAAAGUGACCAGAAUCAAGGAAAGACGGGUUUUGCGUUCCAGUGGAAAUCCUGCGGAUCGAUCGAGAGGCUUGACAGGCUGGCCACCAGCUACUAUUCCGACUGCGCAACUAUCUACAAUCCUUCUAUCGAGGAUCGUUGCACAUUUGAUUGCCAGUUCGAGUCUCAAUCACUCUGAUGCAGCACAGUCGCCAACGUUAGGAAUCGAUCCACCAAUUGUCGAGGCGCAACUACAACCCGCCGCACCUUCUGAAGUUCCUUCACUCAUCGAUCGUUGUGACUAUCAUGGAGAGGCAAAGGUUAUGGAUACACCGAAUCCUGAAUCUGUCGAAUCCUCCCACCAAGAACGAUCUUCUAUCCAAGAUCCUAUUCCUGAAAAGACGCACCCUGUUGUGCCACACGUGAAGUUCAAUGUUCCCAAACAUUUGGACAAGCGUAGGGAUUCUGCCAUAUCUCUUCUGAGUUCGACUGGAAAGCCUGAACAAAUGGAAAUCCACGAAGAUGAGACAUUACCGGAAAGCGACGAAUCGGUGUGCGGAGAAGAUGGAAACCUUGAGCAGGAGAACGAACAGUACGACGAUGAAGACAAGAUGGAUGCUGCAGUGGAGAAGAUAGGCGAUGGAACGAUAGAGCAACUUUCAGAUGAGCAGAUAGCUGGUAGUGAAAGACUCGAACAAGACGGAACGCCGAUCGAGGACGAGAUACAGACGAGCCCCUUGGUCGACGAUGCUUCGAUGCCCAAUCUUGACACCAACGAAGAUCUUUAUUCGGCAGAUGAUCACGUCACCCCAACUCUACGAACUCGUUCAGACUGCAACUUGGCUACAGACGAGACAAGUUCGACCAAUGUUCAUGAGGUCUGCUUGCACCAAGACUCAUCACAGCAAAGUCCUAGAGAACCAACGACACAAUUUCUCUCAACACAUUGGCCUCAGAGAGCAUGGCUUCAGACUAUUCUAUCCAUGCUAACUCCAGAACCGACUACACAAUCAACGACCCCGCUCUCACCUUCAUUCCCGUCCGAAGCUUUAGCAUCUCCGCCUCCAAAUCCAUCUACCUCGGAUUGGUAUUCUGGAUAUGAUGCUUGGUGGAGCUUUACCAUGAGAGAUUCUAGUUCAAGGGAUGACCAUGCCGAUUCCGAGUCAACGACUACCUCGACUUCCGAGCAGUCAUGGGGAGCUGGGAGUAGGAGUACAGAAGCAGAUUCUAUUGACAGCUGAUGACGUGUUGGAGUUGGAGAAAGGCUGAUGAGCCGACUUGUGUUUUUCUUUGUUGUACCUCGCACGCUAUUAUUAUUCCUCGGAAGCUCAAAGGAACAUGGUUGAUGUCUUGUAGAGAGAUAUUGCUCAGAUUUGG